GGGAGCAGGGCAGGGCCGGGCCGGGGGUGGGGCGGGCUCGGCCGGGCGGAGUGCGCGCUCGGGGCGGCCGGAGGAGCGCAGGAUGUCGGCGACGCUCUACGUGCUGUCCACGCUGGGAGGAUACGUCCUCACCUCGGCGCUGCUCCUCAAAUGCCCCGGGCUGCUCCACCGGCCCAAGCGGCAGCGCUUCCGCUGCCGGCACAUCUCGCACCGCGGCGGUGCUGGGGAGAACCUGGAAAACACAAUGGCAGCCUUUCACCAUGCUGUUAACAUAGGAACAGACAUGCUGGAGCUGGACUGUCACCUGACCAAAGAUGAGCAAGUGGUUGUGUCCCAUGAUGAGAAUCUGAAGAGAUCGACAGGAGUCGAUGUCAACAUAUCUGACCUCAAGUACUCUGAACUUCCACCAUAUCUCUGCAAGUUGGAUGUCUCGUUUCAGAAAGAAAGUCACUCUGAGGGAAAAGAUAACCGCAUCCCUCUCCUGAAGGAGGUGUUUGAGGCAUUUCCACAAACUCCUGUCAACAUUGACAUCAAAGUGAACAACAACGUGUUGAUCAGGAAGGUCUCAGAGCUGGUGAGUCAGUAUAAACGAGAGCAUUUGACAGUAUGGGGGAAUGUCAAUUACGAGGUGGUAUCCAAGUGUCUUAAGGAGAAUGCUGACAUUCCCAUCAUCUUCUGUUUGCAACGUGUCCUUCUGCUUCUGGGACUCUUCUACACUGGUCUGCUGCCAUUCAUUCCUUUCAAGGAGGAAUUCUUGGAAAUCCCCAUGCCUUCCAUCAUCCUCAAACUGAAAGAACCAGAAAAGAUGUCAAGAAGCCAGAAAUUUAUUAUCUGGCUAGCUGACACAUUGUUAAUGAGGAAAGCACUUUUUGAUCACCUCACUGCUCGGGGCAUUCAGGUAUAUAUUUGGGUACUGAACGAAGAACAAGAAUACAAGAGAGCUUUUGAUCUGGGAGCAACCGGAGUCAUGACAGACUAUCCAACAAAGCUCAAGGAGUUUUUACACAACUAUCCCGUGUAAAUACAGGCAAACAAGGAAGACUUUGCAGAACAGAUGGAGCCAAGAAAUUUAAUCAAAAAAAAAAAAAAAAAAAAAAAGUUGAGCAACGUACACAAAUCACAUUGUUGGGAAGGUGAUUCCUGACCUUGUCAGGUUGCAACUUAAUGUAAAGGCUGUCUAUUUAUUUUAAGACUUUAAUUACAUAGUUUACGUUUGUAAAUAGAUCAUCUAGCAAAGGUGCACUUCACUAAUAGUUGUGACUAAGAAGAAAGUUGCUGGAUAGGAUACCUGUAGAUAAGUGUUGUUUUAUCAGGCACAAGUGUUCCUAAGCAGAUGUCAAGACACGUCAGUUACUCCAAUUAUAUUUUAGUGUGCAGAAACUAAAGGGCUUCUGAAAGUGUGCCCUUUCUGUAUGUACUGCUUGUGUUGCUUUUACUUUCUGAAUAACUUGAAGGGUGAGAAAGAGAAACAAUGCACAGGAGAAAUAGAGAGCAGAAUCUGUGGACAGCCGGACAGUUCAGCCUGUGAAGUGUAGUAAAAGCAGUCACUUUUUUCUUUCUUUUUUUUUUUUCCAAACCAAAAUUAACCAAUUUGGUCAGUGCAGGUUUCCUCAAUUAUUAUUAUUGA